UUUUAGUGCGUCAUGACGUGCAGUUAUAUGGUAUGUACUAGAUGGCGCUCCCUCGCUGAUUACGUCAUCAAGUCAUAUGACCUAAAUUCAACCAAAGAUGGCGGUCUGUGAAUUUUAGGACCAAAGGAAGAACAUAACCAUAGAGGAGAGACAUUUCACAGCAGCUUAUUUGGGACAGCGAGAUAAUACUUGUUGACAUUCGGAGACCACUUCCUGUGCAGAAAUCAGUUCACCAUGUCGUUCAGUCAGUACUCAGAUGAUCCAGGGCGGGCAUCGUACCAUGCCGGAGCCUCUGCUGUCCAGCUGUUAGGAAAUGGCAUCGGACGAGACAGUUCCAGCGAGUUCACCAGACUGACACAAUGUGUCAGUUCCAAUGUGCAGAAGAUAACCAGCAAUGUGUCCCAGGUCCAACGCAUGGUCAACCAGCUUGGCACGGCACAGGAUACACAUGAGCUACGGGACAAACUCCAUCAGAUGCAGCACUAUACUAACCAACUUGCCAAGGAUACAAACAAGUACCUGAAGGACCUGAGCAACUUGCCAAGCCCUUCAUCACAAUCAGAACAGAAGCAGAGAAAAAUGCAGCGGGAGCGCCUGACCAAUGACUUUUCCACAGCGCUGAACAACUUCCAGACUGUCCAACGACGCGCUGCGGAGAAGGAGAGAGAAAGUGUGUCACGAGCUCGCGCUAAUUCUGGGUUACCCCCAGUAAGUAAUGCAUCCCCUAAUCCCUUUGAUGAUGAUGUGAGGACAGGUGAUGGACAACUUAUUGCAUUUGAUGGGAACCAGGGUGGCUCCAGCAUGACAGCACAGAUGAUGGAGGAAGAGAGUAACCUGGAGAUGAUCCGGGAAAGAGAGACUAACAUCAGGCAGUUGGAGGCUGACAUCAUGGAUGUGAACAGUAUCUUCAAGGACUUGGCCACAAUGGUGCAUGAACAGGGAGAGAUGAUAGACUCCAUAGAGGCAAAUGUGGAAAGUGCUGCCAUUCAUGUGGAGUCAGGAAAUCAGCAGCUGCGACAAGCUUCGGACUACCAGAAAAAAUCCCGACGGAAGCUGUGUAUCAUACUGAUUGUGGGCCUGAUAGCGUUGGGGAUCAUUGGCCUUAUUAUCUAUCUGUCUGUACGUUAAUGUCGGAAUGUAUGUGUACCAAGACCCACAUCCCUGGCCACUUAAUGCAGCAUACCAGUAACUGUUCUUUGAAAAAGAAGAAAAGUAGGAAAAGACCAACAAUGUUCAAGUGGAGUGAAAAGUGUCUAUGGCAUUUUUCUGUUCUUGUUUUAUGUUGAUGUUUUCCAGAUAUGACAAUGUUCUUCAAUCUCUUUGAAAUAUACUUUGCAGAAAUACAUUCUUGUACUAUAGGGUAGUACCAGCUGAGGUCUUUUUGAAUUUUUUUCUAGGACAUUCCUUACAAGAUUUUACCAAUGAUGUUUAUACUUAAAGCCAUCUCCUUGAAUGUAACUUGUCUUCAAUUUCAAUAUCUCUAUAUAAUGGUGUCAUUAGCCAUCAUUCAUGUCGUGGAGCUUGAAAAAAAAACUUAAAAAUAGGAAAGGGCUUUUUAUUAGAUGAAGGUCAAUGUACAUCCUGGUAACUAUUGGUAAAAUGUGUCAAAAAGUGCUGAAAAUGAGAAACUUGCUGACAAGUGAGCAAAAUAAGAUUGAAGCUGUGUAGUCUUGUACAGAAUUCUAUAUUUCACAUUUUUCAAAUGGACAAAUUUAUAUACUAGUAGCUGUAUAAUGGAGACCACAUAGUUAUAUAAUGUGCAUUAUCUCAAAAAUAAUCAGAACCAGGGAAAAAAUAAACAUAUUCAAAGUGUCUUUACAAAGUUGUUUUUUUAUCUCUUUAUUUUGUGUUUAUGUCAGUUAAUCAAAUGUUGGUCAAAUUGAAAGAAAAAAUAUCAAAAAGAAAUAUAUAGAAAGAUCUGUUGUCAUUAAAGAUGGCCAGGAAUGUGGGUCUUGUCAUGGUCAUGGAAGAACGUAGGAAUUUCCACUGAUACCCUGUAAAUAAUAGCUCCAGUGGUGAGUUAAUUUAUGCACCGUCAAAUUGUCAAUUAAAGCAUUUUGCAUUUCAAAAUGCGCUUUUCUGAUAUAUAUAACCACCUUGCAGAGAAGGAAUACAAAACAGUCCAUAGAAAAAAGAUGUAUUGGAAGACAUUUACUACUGUAUAUCAAAAUCAGUAAUAGAACAAAUAUUAGCACUUCAUUCAUGUUUGCAAAGUCUUCUUAUGAUUCUAUAUUGAUGCUAUUGUAAUGUACUUCUUAGACUGCAAAAAUGAAAUGUACACUUGGUUGCCUGCUUUGCAGACUUCAAGCAACAUUGGCUUUUAUUCUAUAGUGAAGUGUUGGUUUGUGAUCUACAACAUCGGCGAAAAUUUUCUCACAGGCCUCCCUUGGCAUUAAAGAACAUUAGCCAUUGCUGAGAAUCGCAAACCAGCGCUAUCCCAAAAAAUAAAACAAGUGCUAGAAGUCUUGAAAGGAGGAUACAAACUUGAUACCUUUAGAGUUUCUGUGCAAAUAGGCAAGAUUCACAACUAUUAGCAAGCUGUAUUAUCAUUUAUGUGCUUAAGACCAUCAAUAUCACAUCAAGAGGAAUUUUCCAUGUUGGUGUAUCAUACUAUGUAUCUGGACAAAAAUGAUGUUAGAAGUCACAUACAUUGAAAUAAUUGUUACACUCACUUGCAUUUUUGCCCAACUUUAUGAUUUUUUUUUUUUUCAUUGAAAAAGUUGUUGAAAAAAAUGCUAGAACAGUUGUAUGUGUAAGAUAUAGUGCAACUUCAUAUGUGCUGUAAAGCAGCAGUGUCACAUUGUCUUGGGUGACCUUUGCACAAUUCAAGAUUUCCAAGGAAGAAGUUCUAAUCCUUGUACCUGGUGAUAGUAUAUUAAUAUGUUGGAAACAAACUUGACUGUACUUUCCAUGAAUAAAUUCAUCGGGUUGGUAAAUGACUGUAUAACAUAGUUCUGUUAAUUUUGUAAGUUAGUGUUGCUACAUUGGGGAAAUAUUUUACUCUCAUCA